AGGAAACUGUUCUGCUAAAAAGAGCUGCCAGAAAAAUAUGCACAAAUUUGUUCAUUACUGUAAUGUUUAUCACAUAGAAAGGCUGGAAACAUAAAGGUCCAACAAUAGGAGGAUGUUUAAAUUUUGUCAUAUGCAUGCAAUGAAAUACAACCAUUAAAAAUUAUUCUUGGAGAAUUUCAUGAGGUGGAAAUGUUUACAAUGUAAAGUUGGGUUUAAAAAAAGGAAUGUAAAAAUCUGUACAGACAGUAUGGGCCUAAAUAUGUGACAUAUAUGCAUAGAAAACAAACACACCAAAAAGUUUACAAAUGAUUAUCUGUGGGUGGUAGAAUUGAGAAUUAUUAUUUUUUAAAAAAUAUUUUAUUUAUUUAUUUAUUCAUUCAUGAGAGACACACAGAAAGAGAGGCAGAGACAUAGGCAGAGGGAGAAGCAGGUUCCAUGCAGGAAGCCCGAUGUGGGACUUGAACCUGGGUCUCCAGGGUCACACCCUAGGCUGAAGGCAGAAGCUUAACCGCUGGGCCACCCAGGCGUCCCUUAUUUUUUUUUUUAAAUUUUUAUUUAUUUAUUCAUAGAGACCGAGGGAGAGAGGCAGAGACACAGGCAGAGGGAGAAGCAGGCAUCAUAUGGAGAGCCCCACGUGGGACUCGAUCCAGGGCCUCCAGGAUCACGCCCUGGGCUGCAGGCGGCUGCAGGCACGCACACACACUCGAGAGACCACAAACAGUGGAGAGGGAGAAGCAGGCUGCUCAUUGUGCAGGAAGCCUGAUGUGGGGCUCAAUCCCAGGACCUGAGCUGAAGGCAGCCACUUAACCCAUUGAGCCACCCAGGUGGCCCAGAAUUGGGAAUUAUAUUUAUUUCCUUCUUUAUACUUUAUCUGCAUUUUAAAAAUUGCCUACAAUCAUAUCCAUUACUUUUAUAAUAAAGAGAAUAGAAAAAAAAAAACCGUAUCUGUAAUAGGCUCCACCCUCCACCCCCAACAGACUCUCCUAGGUCUUAACCCCAAAUUAAAUCAGUCUUGGGAUCUUUAGGAAUUUUGAAGCCAUUGGGCUCUCAACAAUGAAUAACAGAAAAUUAAAGAUCAGGCAGUAGGUAACCAUGUAGAAUGUCAUCUGCGUUCUGACAAAAUGCAAAUUUUGACAUAGUUUUAAGGGGUGGUAUUUAAGCACUGAGCCAAGUCUCAUUAGGAUUCCCCCGAGUCAGACCUACCUACCUAACCAGCCCAUAGGUGGCAAUCCCUGCCCUCCACCUUACCCAGGCAAACCGGUUCACAAAUCCCUUCAAGCUCCUCCCUAGUCCCAUCUGCAACACACCCUCCACCCAGUACCCAGUAACCCUCCCCUAUUUCAGGCCACUUGGUACGCCCUCCCUGCUAGGAAGUGUGUCCUGAUUACAACAGCUACCCAUCGAUCUCCCCACCUACACAACACCAGCAAAAAAAUCUCAGUGGGGUUCACUGUCUAGUAGAACAGUUUGGGAAAUGAAGGAGUGAGUCAUCCCCCUUGGCCUCCAGCGUCUUUCAUGUUGGGUUCUUAAUGUUUUCUUUGAGCCUCUGGGAUCUUUCCUAGCUCUAAACACAGCUUCCUCUCCUCCUACCAUAUUCACCAGAUGGUUCCUUAAAUGGCCCUCCCUGAACCCCAGGGCCCCAGUCAAGUGUGCUCCUUAAUUCUCUGAAGAACGCUUGCUUCUAUUAGCCUCUGGCCUGCAGCCCAUGCUGAGGUCAGCCUCCCCCCCGGGCCAGACUACUCUGCCCACACCGGACUGGGGAGGGAAGGCCGGCAGCCUCACCCAGAUCCUCGGCCACAAGUUUCCCAAAACAUCCCCUAUGCCUAGAUCCUUCUGGAACCACACUGCCCAGCUCCUGUGCCUCAGCUCUUCCAAGCAGCUGCCCCGUCACCCCCGACCUAUCCGCCAACUGUCUAGUCACACACAGCUGUAUCCACCUGUACUUAUGUCUUCAAAUGGUUUAGCCACGCCAACACCGAGGCCCUGGCUGGCUAGCCUCAAUGCCUUUGCUGUCCUCUCCCCGGGGCUCAGUUCGCAUCCCGUUUCUCAGUCUUCCCUGAGCACAGUUUGCGCCUUGGGCCUCCACGCCUUCUCUCGGGCUUUCCUCUCCCCAAAAUGCCUUACCCCCGUUUCUAUUGUUGUUCUGCUUCUCUGUUGAAAGUCUGUUCAUUUUAGUAGCUCCCUCCUUUCUUCUACAGAAAUUUUCAGUCUGACAGUUAAAUGUGUGUGUAAUUGUCUUUUCUACCAGGGGUGGAGGUUAGGUUCUAAACAGCUCAGAAUUCUCCAGCACAGUGUUCCUUUAAUUAAACGUUCUCUGUGAAUUUGCCCCUCCUCUUCCUUUGGACUGGAAGGUCCUGAAGGCAGUUCCUCAUUCAUUUCACCCCCACUGCAGCCGGGAUGAGGCAUGAGGCAGGCAUUUACCACAGUCUCCAGCACUGAGGGGAGAACCGAUCCUGAGAUCUCCCCUCGGCUAGGCAGGCAGGACCAAAUUUGUUGGGAAAUGGUGAGUCUUCUGUCAAACUGAUUUGGCUAUCAGGAUUCCUGAGCUCUAGCUGAUUCUGAUACUAACCUGUUUCUUAGUGUGAGGAUCAUCUUUCUGAGCUGCUAAAUGGGAACAGGACCUACAUGCCUUCCCUAUUCCACCAGGAACUCAAAUGCAGUAACAAGGUACAACAGCUCAGGAAAAGCACAGGAGUUGAAGAUGGAAGGCAAGAGGUCACUGGUGUCAAGAUGGGUCAGCACACUUAGGGGCCAGGCGAGGGUCAGGAGCUCCCUUACUCAGCUUUAGUAGUGGGAGGGGAGCCCAGCAAACUAGGAAACAAGUAGAAGCAGCCCUGAAGUUUGCAGAGGUGGUGGCUGAAAAAGGAACAGCUUGGGAUCCCUGGGUGGCUUAGCGGUUUAGCGCCUGCCUUCGGCCCAGGGCAUGAUCCUGGAGUCCUGGGAUCGAGUUCCGCAUCGAGUCCCGCAUCGGGCUCCCUGCAUGGAGCCUGCUUCUCCCUCUGCCUGUGUCUCUGCCCCCCACCUCUCAUUCUGUGUCUCUCAUGAAUAAACAAAUAAAAUCUUAAAAAAAAAAAAAGGAACAGUUUGAACAUUUUCCCUGCGUGUGGAACAAGUUAGUGGUUCCUUUAACAACGCAAGGGCUACUGUUAUGCAUUUGACUUUUUUUGUCCAAGUAUUCUUUACUGGCUGCUUAUGUCCAGGUGAGAGAAAGAUCACCUGACUUGUCUGCUUAUUAUACUACAUGACCUCGAACAAAUUUCUGAACCCUCAAGUCUCAGUUAUCUGGUCUGUAAACUGGGGACAGAGUACUUACCUUGAAGUUAGUGAGAAUGAACUGAGAGGAGCCACAUAACUUGUCUAGCAGUUCCUGGCAGUCCCCUGCUCUGAACAGAGGCAGCUUUGGCAUAGCUCUGGCCUGCGUGUAGGCUACCAAUAUUGUGGGUAGGCUAGGGCAGGCCUGGGGAGGUAUGAUUACUCAAACUUUAUAGCGAAGAUUCCAAGACAGUCACAAUUUCAAAGACACUCUCCUGUUUUCUCUUAAGUCGAGAAGCACUUGCCAAGUUCUGAUUGGGAAAAACAUGAUCACUAUGGAAGGCACCUUGGUGGCUACCUAUUUCUCCAUCAGCCCUGAGAGGCUGGGCUCAAAGCCCAGAGCUUCUCAGCCAGAUACUCAGAUAUGCAACUGAAAGGUGGUAGAAGGAAGAAGAUGCUCAGCAGUGGCUCAGGCCACCUAGAAGGUAGGAGAUCCAGGUGCUACUGCCCCCUUUCUCCAUCCGAGUGUAUAUGGGCCACUGCAGCACAUUUCCACUCUAAAAGGAAAGGAGCACAUUAAACCCUUCGAACUCAAGUUAAAUCCUCAAGUCUUUGGAUACACAUUAGAAUCACCUGGGGAAAUUUGGAUAUCUUCAUGUCCAGACUAUAUUCCAGAUCAAUUAGAUCAGUAGGCUUUUUAAAGCUCCCUAGGUAAAUUCCAAGUUACACCAAAAGUUGAGAACCACUAUUCAAGAUUUUUCUUUUCAAACUUGCCACAUGAUGAUAAUCACCUAUAUUGGCUUAAAAUAGCUUCUCAGUCUCUGAAAUUAGCACCAUUACCGGAACAUAGUAUUUCUAAAACACACCUCCUUAUUUUUUUUUAAGAUUUUUAUUUAUUUAUUCAUGAGAGAGAGAGAGAGAGAGGCAGAGGGAGAAGCAGACUCCCUGUAGGGAGCCCAACAUGGGACUCGAUCCUGGGUCUCCAGGAUCACGCCCUGGGCUGCAGGCGGCACUAAACUGCUGAGCCACCCGGGCUGCCCUAAAACGCACCUCUUUAAUAACAUACAGGGUAUCUUAGUAUCUUUGAAAUCUGAGUGAUUUUCCAAUCAGUGAUAUUGAAGAUUUUAUGACACACAGAAAUCAGUAUCUCAGGUGAUCCUCACAAUUAGGCAGGUUUGAGUAAAAAACAGUUCCCUCUACUUUUUAGAGAAGCACUUUGCAAAUUUUAACAUCCUUAGAGUCACCUGUAAUCCUGUUACAACACAGGUUCUGAAUCAGAAGGUCUAGGUUAAGGCCUAAGAUCCUGCAUUUCUAAGAAGUUCCUAGUUGAUCUGUGCUGGGCCAAGACCAUUUUGUGUCACAUUUUGGGUAGCAAAGUUCUGAAAUGUCUUCUUCUGAGGAGGCUCCACCAGCAACUCAUUUAAUUAAACUGAAAUAACUGGUAUAGAGAAAUACGACCAAUGGAGAGAGUCUUCGAUAGGUCUGAGAGGCAACUGCUGGACUGCACUCUAGCAUUUCUCCCCAGGAAGGGGCAACUGGGAUGAGGACCAGAGGGAGGGCCAUCCCGACGUUUGCAAAGCCAGAGUCCAAGUUCCCAAGGAAGCAGUUUGUUAUAUGAGGCAACAUAGAUCCCCACUCUAAAUGCCAGCAGAAGUUCACUCACCAACUGAAAUUGGGCCUUUAGGUGGCUUUAGUGGGUUAAGGGGAUGCAGUCCCAUUCUCUGUACACAUACCCCUUUUCCUUCAUUUAGUCACCAAACCUUUACUGAUGGUUCACUAACAAACCACAAGGUCUGAAGCAUUCAAAGAUGAAUCAGAUUUGGUCCCAGACCCGCAGGGGGAGGAAUUCAGCCUGGGGGAAACCCAUUUGUAAAGCAAAGUACAGUAUGAAGUUAUAAGUGCUAUUAACAGAAGAAGCACAUACAAAGAGAUGAGCCAAGAGAAAGGAUGAUAAGAGCUUCCUAGUGCAGCAGUCACUGGAGGAAACAUUUAUAAUCUUUCCAGGUAGGGCACCACCUUUAACAAAACCGCCUUUGCCAGAACCAGCCUGGUAUGAUGGAGAGGGUGCUCUGAUGCCUUGAAGCCCUUGAAACCAAGACCCUAAAAUCUGGAAUCUCAGGAUGGGCAGAGCUUCCUGCAUUUAUGUCUUUAAUCUCUAGUGCUAAGAUGCAAGUGAAUCCCAGGAAGGGAUUUUUAGGGGAUCAGCCCCUCAAAAGGAUGGGGCAACUCUGAUCUCAUUCCAGAGAGCUUCAGUUUCCCGCAUCCUAUCCUCCUGUGUCAGAAUCCAGCAGAUCAUUUUCCUAGUUACAUAAAUACAAGUCUCUGCCCUUUGUCAUACUGAGCUCUUAAUUGGCUUUGCUCCGUCACAUUGCUAGAUAUAAAGGCUACAAUCCCUAGACUAAGUAGACCUCCAGCUGGGUAGGGAGUCUCGGCCAAGACAGGCAGGGUAUAAGAACCUAGAGCCUGCUCCCUCACUGAGGCCCCUAUAGACCAGCUUUUUAGGAGGACUACAAAAGGGAUACUCAUCCCAUUUUAUUUUUUCCUUAUCUUCCAUCUCACAGACAGGAAGCUCUAGAGAAGAAGCUUAAGGGCCAGAAGAAGCAGCUGAGGAGGAGACAGCAAAAAGAUGGGGAGUGGAGUCAGUGCUGAGGACAAAGAACUGGCCAAGAGGUCCAAGGAGUUAGAAAAGAAGCUGCAGGAGGAUGCUGACAAGGAAGCCAAGACUGUCAAGCUGCUAUUGCUGGGUGCUGGUGAGUCAGGAAAGAGCACUAUCGUCAAACAGAUGAAGAUCAUCCAUCAGGAUGGCUAUUCACCAGAGGAGUGCCUGGAGUAUAAGGCCAUUAUCUAUGGGAAUGUGCUGCAGUCCAUUCUGGCUAUCAUCCGGGCCAUGUCCACACUGGGUAUUGACUAUGCUGAACCAAGCUGUGCGGAUUCUGGGCGACAGCUCAACAACCUGGCUGACUCUAUUGAGGAAGGCACCAUGCCUCCCGAGCUGGUGGAGGUCAUCGGGAAGUUGUGGAAGGAUGGUGGGGUGCAAGCCUGCUUCGACCGAGCUGCAGAGUACCAGCUCAAUGAUUCAGCAUCUUACUACCUGAACCAAUUAGACCGGAUUACAGCCCCUGACUACCUCCCUAAUGAGCAAGAUGUGCUUCGAUCCAGAGUCAAAACAACUGGCAUCAUUGAGACCAAGUUUUCUGUCAAAGACUUGAAUUUCAGGAUGUUUGACGUGGGAGGGCAAAGAUCAGAGAGAAAGAAGUGGAUACACUGCUUUGAGGGAGUCACUUGCAUCAUUUUCUGUGCAGCCCUCAGUGCCUAUGAUAUGGUGCUAGUGGAAGACGACGAAGUAAAUCGUAUGCAUGAGUCAUUGCACCUCUUCAACAGCAUAUGUAACCACAAGUUCUUUGCGGCCACUUCUAUUGUCCUCUUUCUCAACAAGAAGGACCUCUUUGAGGAAAAAAUCAAGAAAGUCCAUCUCAGCAUUUGUUUUCCAGAGUAUGAUGGAAACAACUCUUUUGAAGAUGCAGGGAAUUACAUCAAGAGUCAGUUCCUUGACCUCAACAUGCGAAAAGAUGUCAAAGAAAUCUACAGUCACAUGACAUGUGCUACAGACACACAGAAUGUCAAAUUUGUAUUUGAUGCAGUUACAGAUAUUAUCAUCAAAGAAAAUCUCAAGGACUGCGGGCUCUUCUAAUCCUCAUCACUCCUCUUGGAACAUCCAUAAACAGGCUUGGAAUCUGGCUAAUUUCAAGCAGAAAAAUCAUAGGUCAGCAUACCAUGGCAUGAAGAAAGAUUCCAUUCUCCCUUAGAGAUGGACUUCUACAUGAUUGCAACUGUGUCCCAUACAUUCUUUUUUUUUUUUUAAUUUUUUUA